AUGCACCAGUCCCCAGUGCCGAAGAACUCAAGGACCCUCAACUUCUCCUCAGACUUGUGCCUCAUGUUAAGGGGAAGCAGAAGUGGAAAUCGUGGCAGACCUGCGCUCCUGGAGGGAGCCUCCUUGGAGAUGGAGAAGAUGGACACAAAUGCCUCAAAGGAGCAAGAUGCCUGCCACUUCUCUGAGAGUUACAAGCAAGUCUACCUGUCCCUAACCUACAGUCUCAUCUUCAUCCUGGGGCUACCCCUAAAUGGUGCUGUCUUAUGGCUCGCCUGCUGCCAAACCAAGCCCUGGAGCUGCACCACCAUCUAUCUGGUGAACCUGAUGGUGGCUGACCUGCUGUAUGUGCUGACACUGCCCUUCUUCAUUGUUACCUACUCUGUGGGCAACACCUGGAUCUUUGGGGAGCUGCUCUGCAGGCUGGUGCGUUUCCUGUUCUACACCAACCUCUACAGCAGCAUCCUGCUGCUAACCUGCAUCUCUGUGCACCGCUUCCUAGGAGUGUGCCACCCACUUCGUUCACUGCCCUACCGGACCCACCGGCAUGCUUGGUGGACAGUUGCUGCCACCUGGAUUCUGGUGGUCCUCCAACUGUUGCCCACACUGGCCUUCUCUGACACAGACUAUGUCAAUGGCCAAAUGAUCUGCUAUGACAUGGCCAGUUCAAAGAAUUUUGAUCAUUAUUUUUCCUAUGGCAUUGUUCUGACGUUGUCUGGCUUUCUUCCCCUCCUUGGUCAUUCUGGUGUGCUACUGUCUGAUGGUCAGAAGUCUGACAAAGCCAGAGGAUGUCCUCCCAGAGAUAGGCCACACUGCCCGGGCCAAGUCCAUCCGGACCAUCCUGCUGGUGUGUAUCCUCUUCACCCUCUGUUUUGUGCCCUUCCAUAUUACCCGUUCCUUUUACCUGGCCGUCCGCUUCCUGAGUUCACAGGAUUGCUGGCUCUUGAUGGCAUCCAGUAUGGCCUACAAGUCCUUGAGGCCUGUGGUGAGCAUGAGCAGCUGCCUCAUCCUGUUCUCUACUUCCUGUCAUGUGGCAACAACAGAGCCCAGCUUCUCCAGAAACUGAGGCAGAACAAGGCAGGCGAGUACCCAGCUGGAGCUGAAGGAAGGGUGCCCAGGGUUGGGAACAUUUGGAUUCUUCCAGGUUGA